GCCUGACAAGAAACCAUGGUCAAGCGAGUUGCAAUCAUUGGAGCUGGUGUGAGUGGCCUCACCUCCAUCAAAUGCUGCUUGGAAGAGGGGCUGGAGCCUACCUACUUUGAAAGGAGUGGCGACAUUGGAGGCCUAUGGCAAUUCACAGAAUAUGUUGAAGAAGGCAGGGCUAGCCUUUAUAAAUCUGUUGUUACGAACAGUAGCAAAGAGAUGUCCUGUUACUCAGAUUUUCCUUUCCCAGAGGAUUUUCCAAACUUUGUGCCACACUCAAAAUUUUUGGAAUAUCUCAAGAUGUAUGCGAACAAGUACAACCUUCUGAAAUGUAUCCAAUUCAAGACCGUUGUCUGCAAUGUGAAAAAAUGUCCAGAUUUCUCUACCUCUGGCCAGUGGGAGGUAACCACUGAACAUGAAGGGAAGAAAGAGUCAGCCAUAUUUGAUGCGGUCAUGGUCUGCACUGGUUAUCUCACUGACCUGUUUUGGCCACUAGAUACUUUACCAGUUUUGUUCAUUGGUUGGUUACCCUGCAGCCUCCAAUCAUCAAAUCUAACAUGGCCUGGGAUAGUGGCUUGGAACUUUGUCAUCCACAUUUUUGAUAUUGGGUUGAGCUACCAGGACACCCUCUAG